AAGUGCCACUGAGGCUUCUGGAGGCAACUGACCCUGGAGCCAGCCUUUCAAAACAGACACUAGAGCACAGCCAUACAGGCUACAGUAUAGUACUGUUAUUGUAGACACAAACCAGGCUGCCUCACACUGCAAUGGAGAUCCCAAGUGUCCGGCAGCUGCUCCCUCACAUUGGAGAGGAGAAGUACCAAAUGCUGGAGCUGAACAAGAGGCUGGAGUCAUACUUGGGUCGUGUGAAGCUGCUGGAGGAAGAGAAUCAGCUUCUACGAGGGGAGAUCCAGGCACUGCAGAGGAACAGAGAUACCACAGGUCAAAUCCAAACCCAUGAAGAAGCCCUCAACCUGGCCAGGAGAGAGGUGCAGGCUGCCUGGAUGAAGAAAGAUCGCGCGGAGCUGGAGGUGAGCAACCUUGUAGAGGAGAUGGAAGCGCUGAAUGCACAGAGACAAAAAGAGAGGUCAGCACAGGCUGAAGCUAAGGGAAAACUAGUAGAAUACAAGAAGAUGCUGGAAGAUGAGUGGAGGACACAGAUUUGGCUAAGACAGCAGGCUGCUAAUCUUGAGAAGGAGGUUUCGCUGCAGGUACAGGUCCACCAGGAGGAGAUGGCAAGCCUAAAGUCCACAAGUGCCGUCUCAAAGCCUAUACUACUGGCUCCUCAGCACGGCCAAACCAUCAGCCUCCAGGGCCUGGGGGAAGAGUACUCCCAAAGAGCAGCCCAGGCAUGGCAGGAGGCAGCAGGUGUGUAUCAAAGACAGGUAGAGCAGCUGGAGGACAGCCUGAACCGGGCCAGAGCUCAGAUGGCACAGAUCAACCAGGAGAAGAAGGAGAAUCAGCUAUAUGUGCAAGAUUUAGCCAAAGAGCUGGAGAGCACAAAAGUCAAGAGGGAGCUCCUGGAGAAGAACAUAGCCCAGCUGAGAGAGAGGCAGAAUCAAGAGCUUCAACAACUUCAGGUUCAGGUGGAGGCUCUGGAGUCAGAGAAAGUGGAUCUCGGAGAGCAGAUAGGUGAUCUGCUGGUUGAUACACGCGACCUGCUGGAGACGAAGAUGUGUCUGGGACUGGAAGUGGCCACUUACAGAGCUUUGUUGGACAGUGAGAGCCUGAGAGUUAACAGUCGAUCAACAAGGAAGACCAGUGUCUGGACAGAAUCUCUUUUAGAAGCGCUUUCCAAGCCCCAUGGGAUUCAUCCAGGCACUCAGACCAUCUCAGCUUCUGCUCUCCUCAGCAGUCCACUGACUACCUCUAGAUCAACCACACAUUCUAAAGCCAAUCUCAUGACUCCCAUUGGUUCAUGGAGCCUGACACGAAGCACACAGGAUACACUCAAGACGGUGCAGAAUGGUGAAAAGGAAGAAGGCAUAAGUAAAGGGACAGCAACAUUUCAUAGGACAUCCAUAGCUACAUCGACAAGGUCUCUCACUGGAACAGGCUUGGUUCCUUUCACACCUAAGAAUGCUCAUGAAGAAGUGAGCUGUACUACUGCCGUUUCUGAUUGUGUGGUUCCUCCAGCUGUAGAUGAGCCAGAUACUAUACCAAGUGCACAUAUUAAAGACGACUUGCAGAAGACCACACUCAGUAUACAUGUUAAAGAAGACUUGGAGGAACCCACACUCAGCGCACAUGUUAAAGAAGACUUGGAGGAGCCCACACUCAGCGCACAUGUUAAAGAAGACUUGGAGGAGCCCACACUCAACGAACAUGUUAAAGAAGACUUGGAGGAACCCACACUCAGCGCACAUGUUAGAAAAGACUUGGAGGAACCCACACUCAGCGCACAUGUUAAAGAAGACUUGGAGGAGCCCACACUCAGCGCACAUGUUAAAGAAGACUUGGAGGAACCCACACUCAGCGAACAUGUUAAAGAAGACUUGGAGGAACCCACACUCAGCGCACAUGUUAAAGAAGACUUGGAGGAGCCCACACUCAGCGCACAUGUUAAAGAAGACUUGGAGGAGCCCACACUCAGCGCACAUGUUAAAGAAGACUUGGAGGAACCCACACUCAGCGAACAUGUUAAAGAAGACUUGGAGGAACCCACACUCAGCGCACAUGUUAAAGAAGACUUGGAGGAGCCCACACUCAGCGCACAUGUUAAAGAAGACUUGGAGGAGCCCACACUCAGCGCACAUGUUAAAGAAGACUUGGAGGAGCCCACACUCAACGAACAUGUUAAAGAAGACUUGGAGGAACCCACACUCAGCGCACAUGUUAGAAAAGACUUGGAGGAACCCACACUCAGCGCACAUGUUAAAGAAGACUUGGAGGAGCCCACACUCAGCGCACAUGUUAAAGAAGACUUGGAGGAACCCACACUCAGCGAACAUGUUAAAGAAGACUUGGAGGAACCCACACUCAGCGCACAUGUUAAAGAAGACUUGGAGGAACCCACACUCAGCGCACAUGUUAAAGAAGACUUGGAGGAGCCCGCACUCAGCGCACAUGUUAAAGAAGACUUGGAGGAGCCCACACUCAGCGCACAUGUUAAAGAAGACUUGGAGGAGCCCACACUCAACGAACAUGUUAAAGAAGACUUGGAGGAACCCACACUCAGCGCACAUGUUAAAGAAGACUUGGAGGAGCCCACACUCAGCGAACAUGUUAAAGAAGACUUGGAGGAACCCACACUCAGCGAACAUGUUAAAGAAGACUUGGAGGAACCCACACUCAGCGAACAUGUUAAAAAAGACUUGGAGGAACCCACACUCAGCGCACAUGUUAAAGAAGACUUGGAGGAACCCACACUCAGCGCACAUGUUAAAGAAGACUUGGAGGAGCCCACACUCAGCGCACAUGUUAAAGAAGACUUGGAGGAGCCCACACUCAACGAACAUGUUAAAGAAGACUUGGAGGAACCCACACUCAACGAACAUGUUAAAGAAGACUUGGAGGAGCCCACAAUCAGCAAAUAUGUUAAAGAUGACUUGCAGGAGCCCACAUUCAGUGAACAUGUUUCAGAAGACUUGCAGAAGAUCCUUACUGAGAAUCAAUCAAAAGCUAGACAGGAUACUUCUGGCCCUGAGAAAGCAGCAUUGAUCAGUUUGCCAGCUGGACAUCUGAGUAGCCUUCCCCAAACUCCAGAGGGAGAGGCGUCCUCUAAUCUACACACAGAGAAUACAAAGGGGUCAGAGGAUGGAGAAGAAGAGGAGACUGAGGUGUCUACUGAGAUGGCUCAAAUAUCACAUGCGCCGAUGUUUUCAUGGGAGGAAAAUGAUACGGCAAUACCAGAGGAGAAAGAUGUAGUCUCUGAGCUAGAGCUUGAGUCAGAAAACACCAGUGAAAACUACAUGCAAGAAAGCAGAAGAGACAAUACACUAACAGAUUUAAAACAGCUUGGUGAAGACAGUGAGAACCCAGCAUUGCGAUUAUAUGAACAAACAGCUUUUCAUUCCAUAGAUGCAUUUAGCCAUGAUGGGAAAAAGAAUGAAAUUAUAACAUGGGAAGGAGAUGCAAAAGAGAGUGUUUCCAACAUCCCUGGAAUGGAGUCACUCGACAGUGCACCUGAAGUAGAAAGACAGUCAAUAGAAAGGUGGGAGGAAAUGGAUAUGACUGAAGAAAUAGAAGAUGAGGCAGAAGUUGAACGUUGUGGCACAGACGAGCAGGAAUGUCAUCAUUCUGAUGUUGAAUUGCAAGAAGAGGAGACAAAAAGUGAUUCUGAAACUGAAGAGAUUAAAAUGGAGGUGAAAAAAGAAGAGAAAGUGUCUGAUGGAGAAGAAGAGAAAGAGGAAGAAGAGAGGAAUAUGGAUGAAGAUAUUGCAGUUAUAGAUGAAAACUCAGCUAAUACUGGGAAGGAGCCUAUAAUACAGGGCUCUUCUGCCUUAGAGGUUGAGGUUGAUCUACACAGGAAUUCAGAACACACAGAGGAAACAACUGACUUAGUGGUGGACACAUAUCAGGAUGACCAUCUUUUAGUUGAAGAUCAUGCAGAAGAAGAACAGAUACAAAGUGAUGAAGAUGAAUCAUUAAACAUCUCCGCUUCAUGGAGAACUGACCUUGGUGAGGCAGAUAGCUACAAUCAGGAGAAUACACUAGCAGACACUCGUCCCCUCAUACAUUACAAAAGUGAUGAAGAGGCAGAUGCCAACACUCAGGUGUCUCAUAUGGGAGUGAGUGACAGUGAGGAAGAAAGGGAGAAAUAUGAAGAGGUCCUCAUGUGGAGCCAGAACAUCACCAAACGCUUUGAUACUAUGGAGGACCUGUCUGAGCAGCCCGAGAAUGCCUACUCUGAUGAUGUAGUAUUGGCGGAAUCAGCUCAAACUGUGGUAGAAGAGAACAUUGAUGAGAUAACCAAAGAGGAUCCUGUAGAGCCUGUGAGUGAGGAUAUUAUUCAAGGUAAAAUUACUGAUGUGGAUAUCAAUGUUGACUUACUGAAGGAUGACACUUUGGUGGAUCUUGUAGAAAAUGACUUUAGGAAUCGUGAAGAGAGUAGUCAAGGUGUGGAAAAGACAGAAAAGAAAAAUCAGGUUCUCUUGGUUCAGGAACGAGAAGAGAACUCAGGUUUAGAAGACUGGAGUCAGAGUUUCGUCAGUGAAACCGAGCAACAUGCUCUUCCAUUUGAGCAGCCUGCUACUGGUGAGGAUAACAUUGCCAUUACUAAUGACAAUACAGAAAGCUGCAAUAUGGAGUCCUUCGUGCAAAUCAAGUCAGAGGGAGAAGGUGAAAGUGGAGUGAAGACACACUCUGACUAUUUCCCCCUAGUCACAGACAAACCACAGCUUGAACCAUACCAAGAACAAGCCUUGGAAGAAGAGUCCCUUGAAAUGUCAUCAACAGAGACCACAUAUUCAGAUGUUUUUCCAACUGAAUCAAAUUUGACUGAAGAACAGGCCUUUACAAAAGAGGAGGAAGAUAAACAGUCAAAUCUGUUCACUCAUGCAGAUUUCACAGACAAUCUUUCUCAACACAGUGGGCUGAACAGUCAGCCAAAAAGCCAGACCAACAUAGCCAACUCAGACUUGGAAGAAUCCAACAGCUCAGAAGAUGAGUCGCCUAAUGCUAGCCAGUGCUCUCACCUCCUUAGCCACGCAGCAAUGUCAACCAAGCUUUUAGACUUCAGCAAUACUGCUAAAUCUGGUGAUGCCUCAAAGCAUGAUUCAGUGUCCUUCACAGGCCUUCUGGAGGAGGUGAUGAAAGGGAGGUUUGAGAAAGACAGCAUUGAAAAUUAUAGCACUUCUCAGGAAGCAGAAUGGGAGAGUGUAAGUCAAAACAAAGAGGAAGAGCAACUUUCAGUGGAUAAUAGCAGCAGUGGAAUGCACGGAAAUAACAGCAGUCUUCUUCAAAUGCAAGAAUGGGAGGAUAUGGACCAUCCAGACAUCACAGGAGCAUCCAAUAACAUCCUCAGUGGUAUGACUAUAAAGGACAACAACAAAGCAUCAGAAAAGGAAGAUAUUUUCCAAGGCAGUGUCCUGAAUGAAGAACCUCAAACCAAAGAAAAAGAAAAUGACCUUCACAGCUUCUUCACAUCAAGCAUAAAGGAAGACAUCUGGAAUGCAACAAAAUAUGAGAUGGCUGCUACAUUUGUCUCAAAUGAGUCAAUAGACACAACAAACACCAUUCAUCCAAACCAGAGCAUGAACUUUGAGGAGGACUGGGGAGACCUGGGGAGCCUGAAAGCAGCUAAUGGGAAACCUGAGAAAGAGAUGAGCAUGUCUACAGCUCAAUCAGAAGAGGAAGAGAAAAGGGAAGAGCAAGAGAUGCCACAGGCAAAACAGCUCCAGUGUCAAGAUGUGAAAGUUGGACAGGUGGAGGCUGUCCAGUCAGAUGACUCUGUUGAUGACGGAGACUCCUGGUCCUCUGGUGAGGAGUAAUGCUAUUGUAAAAGCAUUAUCAUCCCCACACACAUAUUUAUUUAUAUUUUUUGUUGCAGCAUAUAUAACACUAACUAAUAACCAAAGGCUGAAUCUAGGAAAGAAAAAUGGAAGUAUAAUCACUGCAUAUUUGUGCUCUGCUAAUAAAAAUGUCUCUGCUUAGUAGCGUUAUGUCUUCAUAAGGGGAAUUUGUGUGCAUUAGAGUUCUCAUCACAGUGAAUUUCUUUUUCUAAGAAAUAAACUGAAUAAGAUGGUACUGCUAGGAAUUUCUAAACAAUAUGUCACAGACACCUUUAGUAUUUGCAUCCAUUCUUGCUACACAAAAGAUAAUACAAUUGUUUUAGAAGUUUGGGACACAAUUUGGAAUACUCUGAAAAUAAAACCAUGAGCAAA